CUUUUUUCUAUCUUUCUUUUCCCUUUUUGCAUACAACAGACACACACACACACACCUUAAUAGUAACAACAACAAUAAUGGCAUUGAACUUGAAACCAACACUCGAAGAAAUUCAAGAAAUGGUCCGAACGGACCAAGGCAACACCAUUCCCAUAUACGCCGAAUUGGAUGCUGAUUUCUUAACACCAGUGUCCGCGUACCUCAAAGUUGCGGACCGGUGCGAUUAUUCUUUUCUUUUUGAAUCCGUUGCUGGUGGUGAGACCAUUGGUCGAUAUUCCUUCAUUGGUGCCGAUCCUUACAAAUUAAUCAAGGUGGGACCAAAAGAGGCCGUGCAUGGUGAUCCUUUGUUGGCUAUUGAAAAAGAGCUCGAGCCGAUCCGAUACGUCAAAAUACCCGGUCUCCCAUCAUUUACUGGCGGUGCUGUUGGAUAUAUUGGUUUUGACUGCUACCAAUACUUUGAACCGACGAUUGAAGGCGACUUGCCCGACCCGAUUGGCAUUCCGGAUGCGAUUUUUAUGCUUUGCGACACAUUAGUGAUUUUCGACCGCGUUCGACACGUGGCCAACGUAGUCUCGCAUUUCCGUAGCGACAGCAAGGAUCCCGAAGCCGUCAAGCGCGAAUACAUGAAAGCCGCCGAAGAAAUCGAAUGUACCAUGACCUUGCUGAACGAACCACAAGUGCCGACCGUGCCACAACCUCCGAUCCAACUCAACGAGAAGGCUACGUCCAACGUGGGCAAGGAAGGUUACGAAGGUUUCGUGACCAACCUGAAGCACCACAUUAAAGAAGGCGACAUUUUCCAGGCCGUGCCCUCGCAACGUUUGGCAAGACCCACGACUCUGCACCCAUUCAAUGUAUACAGACAUUUGCGUUCGUUGAACCCGUCGCCAUACAUGUUUUAUGUCAACCUGAAAGAGUUCACAGUUGUCGGUGCAUCGCCGGAAAUGUUGACUAAAGUACAAGACCGUGUCGCUUAUACACAUCCGAUUGCCGGUACACGUAAGCGUGGCAAGACUUUGCAAGAAGACGAGGCGUUGGCAGGAGACUUGUUGGCCGAUCCCAAGGAGCGUGCUGAGCAUGUCAUGUUGGUGGAUUUGGGCCGUAAUGAUAUCAACCGUGUGUGUAAGCCGGAAACGGUCUCGGUCGACAAGUUGAUGCAGAUUGAAUACUACUCCCAUGUGAUGCAUAUCGUUUCAAACGUGUCUGGUACACUGCGUGACGAUAAGACGCCUUUUGAUGCUUUCCGUGCUAUUUUCCCUGCCGGCACAGUCUCAGGUGCUCCCAAGAUCCGUGCAGUUGAAUUGAUCCGUGGUUUGGAAAAGGAAAAGCGUGGCAUUUAUGCUGGAUCGGUGGGUCACUUUGAUUACUCUGGUGAUCUCGAUACAUGCAUUGCCAUUCGUACCAUGGUCUUCAAGGAUGGUGUGGCAUAUCUUCAAGCUGGUGGCGGUAUUGUGCACGACUCGGUAGAAGAGGAAGAAUAUCAGGAGACGAUGAACAAGAUGGGAUCCAACCUUGCUACGCUCGAACAAUGUGAACGCAAAAUUUACGAGAGGCAGCAACGACAACAGCAAUAAUUAUUCUGUUUUCGUUCGAUAUCAUACACCGCAUAUAUACAAAACUUGAUCUUUUACU